GCGUCCUGUUUCCGGUUCCGGGGUCGCGACUCAACUCCUAGCGGACUCAAGCGGAGACGGAGAUGGCGGCGCUCGGCAGGCUUUCCCGGCGCUUCGUAGCCGAGGCUCCCCGGAGCGGGCUGAAACGGCUGUUGUCGGCGGCGGCGGCGGGGCACGAGGGGGCCGGAUCCGGCCGUACAUGGAAGAUCCUGUCUUUUGUGGUUGCUCUCCCUGGCGUGGCUGUCUGCAUGUUGAACUGCUACCUGAAGGCUCAGCAUGAACACGAGAGGCCAGAAUUCAUUCCAUAUGCACAUCUCCGCAUCCGCUCCAAGCCCUUCCCUUGGGGUGAUGGGAACCAUACCCUUUUCCACAAUCCACAUGUUAACGCUCUCCCAACUGGCUAUGAAGAUGACCACUGAGCCUGUGGACCCACAGCAGUGUUGUGGACCAGUGAGGUAGUUGGACCAGAACAGAGGCUGGGACCCACCAUCUAAACAUCCUACAUUCCUUGUACUGUCAAAUUAUGAAUGGCGUUUUGACCUCUAGCAGACUGUUCGGCAGAGGUCACCUAAAUAAAACUCUCAACCAGA